CGCUCUCGCGAAAGUGCGAGAGGACUAGGCGGAAGUCUCGCGCGAUCUCCCUCUGCCCGCGAGAAGCGUGGGGGAAAUCCCGGCUCGGCCUCAGCAGCAUGGGAAGCGGUGGGUUUGAGGCGGUUGUUUCCCCUCCACUCAGGUGCAAAGCGGCAGCUUCCUGAGGCACUCCCGCCCCCCGCGUGUGUUUAUGGGCAGAUUCGUCUCUCCCGGGGAUGGAGGCGAAUCUGCCGAAGCGAAAAGAAACGCGCAAGUCGCUGAGGAUCAAAGUCAUCUCCAUGGGCAACGCCGAGGUGGGCAAGAGCUGUAUCAUAAAGCGGUACUGUGAAAAGAGGUUUGUUCCCAAAUACCUAGCGACGAUAGGAAUCGACUAUGGCGUCACCAAAGUGCAAAUUAGAGAUCGCGAGAUUAAAGUGAACAUCUUUGACAUGGCUGGGCACCCCUUCUUCUAUGAGGUUCGCAACGAGUUUUACAAGGACACUCAGGGGGUGGUCCUAGUGUAUGAUGUUGGCCAGAAGGAGUCAUUUGAUGCACUGGAUGGAUGGAUGGCUGAGAUGAAGCAGGAGCUUGGACCUCAUGGAAACAUGGAAAACAUUGUCUUCGUUGUCUGUGCCAACAAGAUUGACUGCACCAAGCACCGCUGCGUGGAUGAGAGCGAAGGGCGACUGUGGGCAGAAAGCCGGGGGUUUCUUUACUUUGAGACCUCAGCACAGACAGGAGAAGGAAUCAAUGAGAUGUUCCAGACCUUCUAUUCCGCAAUUGUUGAUCUGUGCGACAAUGGUGGGAAACGCCCCACAUCGAGCAUGAGCGUUGGGUUCACCAAAGAGCAGGCGGACACCAUUCGGAGGAUCCGCAACAGCAAGGACAGUUGGGACAUGUUGGGAGUCAAACCUGGAGCCACAAGGGACGAGGUGAACAAAGCCUAUCGGAAGCUGGCAGUGCUGCUCCAUCCGGACAAGUGCGUGGCUCCCGGCAGUGAGGACGCCUUCAAAGCUGUCGUCAAUGCGCGGACGGCGCUUCUCAAAAACAUCAAGUAGAGGCCGGAGCCGGAAAGCCCACCCUGGUGGACCCCAUGCCCACAGUUCCUGGAGAGCCAGUUGACCAGGGCAGCCCUCUCCUCCCCAGCACCUGGUACUGUCUUAGUGAUGGAGACUAGGGGCCUCCUCCUGUUUCCACUAACUGCCGUUGGCCCUCGGUAGCUGCGUUUCACCAUGUGCCAGUUUCUUGCUACGUUGAGAGCUGAGCAGAGGAGCAGUGUCCCGUGCACCCAGCCUUGAGCAAGUUCCUAACGGAGUCUGAGGCCCAGUGUCAGGGUUGGCGGAAGCAGGUGCAACGCCCCUGAAGCCAGUGGUGUUGCACUAGUUCUCACCAACAAUGGAUUUGGCCCCCAUCUUGUUUCAGGUGAAUUCUUGAAUGCAGUUUCCCCGGCUAGGCACUACUGGCCUUUGAGGCUUCUCCUGAGAUGAGUGGGAGGGGCUGGCUUUGAGCGCAUCGUUGUGGCUGUUUAUCCCAAUGCUAAAAACAGCAAGAGCAAUCUGGUCUACCCCAGCACAAACAAGUCCCGUGUGCUGUGGCCUGAAUCGUCAUCUUACAGCAGCGGCUCUGUGUUUGCUCUAGAUUCAGAGGCAGGACGCCGGCAGAGGCAGCUACAAAUACUUCUGAGGUUCAAGGAAACUCAGGUUAUGGCCCCUGAUUCCUUGAAACUAGUAGAGAAUGUCAGUGACCUCUGUGUUAGACACAUGGGAUCAGGGGCUGACUUCUUGGUCACAACAGGACAUAAGCCUGCCCAUUUCCUAGCCUCUUAAGUAAGGGCCCGAUAUGGAACUUGGAUGGGCAGUGAAUUGUCCCUGGUGGGAGAGAACCCUUCUCCGGCCAGACUGGGAAGCACUAUCGCUGGGGAGGGCAGGGCAGAGGAAUGCAGCUUCUCGAAUGUGGCUUGAGUGCAGAGGCCUUUGCUCUUUGUGCCUAUGCCAAAAGCCCAGCGAAUUCACUAAAGAGAGCACAGCGGGGAUGAAAUCAGGGACGUGAGUGUUUGUUUAAAACCAAACGCCACGCGCCUGUGGGUUGACUGUCUGCAGGGAGAGGCUGAGCGCAAUGCACCAGGGAAUCCUAUGCCCUAAGAUUUGACUUAAAACAAUAUUCACCCCUGGCGCACCUGAGCUUGCUCCAGAUUCCUGUUUCAGCAGAGUGGGCCUGAAAUGCUGAGCACCCUAAGCUCCGGUUGACUUCACAGGGAGCAGAGUGCUCAGCUUCCCUCAGGAUCAAGCCCUCUCCUGUUUGGCACGUCUAGGAAAUGGCCCUUGAGACUAAGUUAUUUCAUAGGGACGAGCCAAUUCUAUGUUUCCUCGUGUGCUAAGCAGUAACACCUGUCCUGAGUCUGCAGAAGUCAAAGGCAGUCUGACUUUCACAGCAAAAAGCUUAGUUAUUUCUCUGUGUCUGAGCCAGGCUGCAGAAACUUCACUCCUGGAAAUACUAAAUCCAACAGGAGAGAUGUGCCUGAGGAAAGAUUAAGGAUUAAAUGGUGCUUAAACCUGCCUGGGGAGGAAAGGAUGCAAGGAACUCUGUCAUCCUCAUCCCUCUGCGCCAGCAUUGCUGCUCAAAAAGCAGGAACGAUCUCUGUCCUUCUCCACUCUCAGAUUGCAAGUUGCAGGGGGCUCGGGCACCAGCCCUGCAUGGGUAGGGCUGCAGAUCCGGAAUCUGCUGCGGGCAGGCUGUGUUAUUGGGAAGGGCACACUGCGCCCUUACAGGGUGUCGCUGCUGCCGCCCGUGUACAGCCACUCCCACCGCUCCCCGAAGGCAGGCUCAAGGCCACAGGCCAGCCCAGAAGAAACACUGCAGGAUUUGCCCCAUUCACUACGAUCCUAGAGCCUGGGAGGCUUCCAGCUCUGUUGUCACUAAGCAGAGGCCAGAUGUUCUUCCUGUGGUCACACCUGGAUAAUGAUGGCUUGAAUGUCCCUACGAAUAUGACAAUCUCCCACCACAGGCUUUCUCUGGCUCGCUGAAAUAACCUUAGCAGAGUGGGACACACAGGCUCUGCAGCUGCUUAAACCUCCCAUCUGUGUCUCUGGCCCUCCACAGACUUGGCAUGGUGCUGAUUAAGAUACCAGUGGGUACAAGCCCGUCCUGAUGGGGUUGUUCAAUGAACAGCGUGCCCCCACAGCCCUUGCACGAAUGAUGAGGAAACUGACACAGUGAGGAAUUCUUUCAGGAAAAUACAGGCCCAGGUUUUGUUGUGCACCUCUGGAAACAGAGCCCCUUCUUUUGGCACCCAAGCCUUGCACACUUUGUUCAUUCCCUUUAAAAUUCCUCCACUACAAAUCUGCAUGCAAGGAAUGCAGCUUCCUAGGGGUUCCAGAGCAAAUGGGGUUAGGACAUUUGUGAGACUGGAGGUGCGUGCUUGUGUCUGUGACGGUGCUGGAAAUAGCAAUCAUCUGUGGUCAGGCUUCUCCUAGGGGAGAGAAACCAUUGCACUCAUUUUAUGAUGGUGUGAAGGGAAUGCUUUAGCUCCCACGAAAUGUCCAGGGUGAGACUUCCAAGCCAAAAAUGAGAGCACCACCCGUUGUACAUUGAUCCACCUGUGCACUUUAAACUUUGACACUGUAUCAUAUGUUGUGUGGAGAGUAGGCUUUGCUUGUGGGUAUAUUUUCUCUCACUUCAAAUAAGUCUCUCCCCCUGCUUAACCUGUUAGAUUAGAAGGUCAGUCUUCUGACCAUUGUGAAUGUCGUGCAAGAUAAAAUUGCCAUAAACCCGGGUGCAGCUUCUUUGUAUUUUCACAUGCUGUUUUCUUUGUCUUGCAUAUUGUGUUGCAUUCUGGGCAUCUCAUUUAGUGAGAGUUCUCCUGACGUCAUGACCUAAUUCUUACAAGGCUGCUGUCAGUAGUUUAGGCUCAGAAUUUGGCCAUUGCGCUCUUCCUGAGAAACUAUAGCCAUGGUUUUUGCUGGAACCACACACAAAGCUGUGAGCUCCCCCUAUGGGUCUGCAGCAGCUAAUCAGCUUUCUCCCUUGCAUUUCCAUGGGUGCCAUCUAGAAAAGGACAAUCAGUAGGGGACAGAGGCUUGAAGCUAUGAAAGUAUUGAACAGUGGGAAAUAAAAGCAAAUUAAAGACAAAGUCCACACACGCAUCCCCACAAUAGUUUUCCAUUCUUAAAAUCCAUUAUUUCAUGCAGUUGGUGCAAUUCAAGACAUCCCUUCCCUCUCACUUUCAAGGCAACCUUUCUCUCUCUCCCCUCAGUGCUGUCAAAGGCAAUUUAAAGGUUGAUUUGUUUGUUUUGUUUGUUUGGCUGUGAAUUUCAUAAGACUACAUUAUUUUGAUCUACACCAGGUUUCUGAUGCCAGAUUGCAGGGAGAUUGGGCGGGGGCGGGGGGGUGGGGGGAGAGAGAUCUGCUGAGAAGCAGCUGUUAUACCUCAGACAUAUAAAUAAUCAUUUGCGACAUUGCUCCAUAAGGUUAACGUUUAUUUUUAAAUUUGCAACAUUUCUUCUCUCUGAAAGCAAAUUCAAAUGUUACGGGCCAGAUCCUGUGCUGGUGUUAAAUCAACACUGGAGUAUGUGGAGCUAGGUCAGUCUAUAUUCUUAAGCUCUUUGGACGCCUCCUCAUCUCCCAUGCUAAGGAAACCACGUGAUUCUGGCUUCAAACCUAGUUCUCUGUGUAUUUUCCAGGAAGGAAGGAUAAAUAAUUCUGCUGCUGGGUGGUGCAAUUCUAAGCCAUAAAGGCCAACUUCUAGGAAGAGUCUUGUUAAUGGCUGAUUGUUGUUCAGAAAUACUUCCUAUGUUCAGGGAUGCACUUACCCCUUCUGGUGUGUUGGAUAUAUAAACUGUGAAUGCACUGUGUUUUACUCUUAUAAAAAUACCUUUUAUUCUACUGGUUGAAUUUAUGUCUGCUUUUGUUGUUUACUGGAAACACUGAAAUGACCCUACGCAUGCAUGUCUUGUCUAGAAACUUGAUGUACUUUUAAGCUGUGUAUUUUUAUAAAGCAAAACUGAAUU